AAACUUUCAAAAGAGCAUCCUCUCGUCACCACUAUCUCACCCUUACGUGUCACCCAAAAACAAACCCAAGUGACGUUUCAGCAGGGCAGCUCCCCGGACCUCUAAAGGCGCUUUUGGAUACUCACAAAUUAAGGUCCACAUCAGAUGAAGAGAUUUAGAGAAGGUGAUCAGGUAGAGAGCAUCGACAUGGCUAACGUUCUCAUGCUUCUGGCUCGCGGUGGUCAAGAGAUGGGCCACUUGACCCAAGACUCGCCGGGCCGCGUUUUCGAGUGCAAGACGUGCAACCGCCAGUUCCCGUCGUUCCAAGCGCUGGGCGGCCACCGGGCGAGCCACAAGAAGCCGAGGCUGAUGGGCGAUGGCCAUGGCCAGGCCCAGAACGCGCUCGCGAAGCCGAAGCUGCACGAAUGCUCCAUAUGUGGGCUGGAGUUCGCCAUCGGGCAGGCCCUGGGGGGCCACAUGAGGCGCCACCGGCCCGCAACCGAGGGGUUAAGGCCGGGACUCGCGGAGAAGAAGCCUGAUGGGAAGAGGGUGCUGUGGCUGGACCUCAACCGGCCGCCGACGGAGCUGCUAGACAACGUGGAGUGCCGGAAAGUAGGGCUUAGUUUCGAGUUUGUUGAGAAGACUUCUAUGGUGGUGGAUUGCUUCCACUAAAUUUAAUCUGCCAUGACCUUUGGGUUAUUGGUUUUUUUUUUUUCUUUUUUUCUUGUUUAGUAUAUAGUACCUUAGAGAUGAGAUACUCGAAUACUCUCUUUUUUUUUUUUUAAUCUUUCCUUUUCUUUUCUUCUGGACUUGGAUAAAGGUUUGGGUUGCAUAGUUCACAUGAAAGAAUGAUUCACCUUCCCUUGGAUCACACAAUAUCUGCUUCGAGGUUUGUGCAGACCGAUAAAAAAAAGAUGUUGGAGUGCUUUGAGGUCCAUGCAAGCAGCGAUCAAAUGGUUGACAUCUUCAAAAAAAAUCAAUAAUUCUUUGAUGCGAAAGCUACAACCCAAACCUAUGAAUAUUGUGGAUGUUUGGAACCAUAUAGAUACAUGAUUGACCUCGAGUGGACAUGCCUCACGUGCUUCUCUGGUCAAGGAAGAAGGUGCUAGAGGGGCCUGUAAAAUUUUGGCUAAUUUAAUUGGGUUUAUAAAUGGUAAGUUUGAGCAUGUUGUUCGCCCCUGAA